CAUCCAAUAUGGCGGCGCCGCACGAUGCCAUUCUGCCCGCCGUGCGGUAUCUAGUAUGUAUAUAUCUAUGCAUGAGCGCUCGUGUUUCACGGAAAUAAGGAAGCUCUGGAGAUGUUACUGGUUAUAUUUACUUAUUACCAACCGUGAGAAAACCAUAUUUCAGUGGAAAGGUUGCUGCUCAGAUGAAGAGGCCUCGUCUGGUCGGCCUGUUGUGUGACCCCUCCUUGCCAUGGCAGCGCCAUAUUUCCCCACGUUUCUCCUCCUUAUAUGUCUGUCCUCUCUAGCCCUCUUGCUUUUUAGCUUUCUGCCCUCUCGCAAUCCCUCUCUUCACUUCACAUCCACGUCUCACUCCUUACCUUGGUCGGAGCCCUCCUGCAGGCCAGGUCAGUCCUGGGCCGUCCGGAUCCACGAUGGUCCUCAGCGGAGAGGAGAGGAUGGGGCCGAGUACUCUGGACACCUCGAUGUCAUAGCUGACAAGGUGGCGCAGCAGGCUGGUCUGCAGAACCAGGGCCAGAUCGGAGAGCUGGAAGGCCACUACCUGCUGUGCUCAAUAAAACCUGGAUCUGAUUCUUUGGGAGGAAUCUGGAAAAGAAGUGUCCAACCGGCUGACGUUCUAGCAGCCCAUCCUCAUGUCCUGUGGUACUCCAAGGAGAGACAGCUCAGUCGCUCUAAGAGAUCAAUGAGCUUCAACGACCCAAACUACCCGAAGCAGUGGCACUUGCACAAUCAACUCAACGUGGGCAUGGACAUCAAUGUGACAGGAGUGUGGGAACAAAACAUCACUGGUCAGGGAGUCACAGUGGUGGUUGUAGAUGACGGCGUGGAGCACACCCACCAGGACAUUAAGCUCAACUAUAGUCCCGAGGGCAGCUACGAUCUUAACUCCAAUGAUCCGGACCCAAUGCCUCAUCCAGACAUCCACAGUGACAACCACCACGGGACUCGGUGCGCUGGAGAGAUUGCAGCCGUUCCCAACAACAGCUUCUGUGCUGUGGGCGUGGCCUAUGGCAGCAAGGUGGCAGGUAUCAGAGUCCUGGACGGCCCUCUGACAGACAGCUUAGAGGCCAUAGCCUUCAACAAACAUUAUCAAGUCAAUGAUAUCUACAGCUGCAGUUGGGGUCCAGAUGAUGAUGGACACACUGUGGAUGGACCUCAUCCCCUUGGCAAGGCAGCACUGCAGCACGGGGUGAUCGCAGGCAGACGAGGCUUCGGCAGCAUUUUUGUGGUCGCCAGUGGGAACGGAGGUCAAUACAAAGACAACUGCAACUAUGACGGUUACGCCAACUCCAUCUACACCAUCACGAUUGGAGCGGUCGAUGAGAAAGGACGAAUGCCCUUCUAUGCAGAGGAGUGCGCGUCCAUGCUGGCCGUCACGUUCAGCAGCGGAGGGGCCCAGCUGAGGAGCAUUGUGACCUCGGACUGGUCCAUGCGGAAGGGCACGGGCUGUACCGAGGGCCACACUGGCACCUCUGCUGCUGCCCCCCUGGCUGCAGGAAUGGUGGCUCUGAUGCUGCAGGUCAGGCCCUGCCUCAGCUGGAGGGAUGUUCAGCACAUCAUCGCCUUCACCGCCACCAAGUGUGAUGCCAGCGCUGACUGGAGGGUGAACGGAGCCGGCUUUCAUCACAGCCACCAGCAUGGCUUCGGUCUGCUCAACGCGUGGAGACUUGUCAAUGCAGCCAAGGUGUGGGAGUCCGUGCCUUUCCUCGUCUCCUAUCAGAGCUCAGUAAUGAAGGAGGAAGCAGCCAUCCUGACUUAUCCUAAGGAGCUGCGCCUCUUCUGGAACGGUUUUUUUUCUCCUUCAGUCUCUGCUGCUGACCUGAGGCAGUCUGGGAUGGAGACACUGGAGCAUGUUGCCAUCACCAUGACCAUAAGUCACCCAUGUCGUGGUAAUGUGGAGGUUGUGCUGGCGUGUCCCAGCGGUAUGACAUCUGUCAUUGGAGCUCGUCGGGUCAUCGACAGAGAUCCUUCAGGUUACCAGGACUGGACUUUCUCCACUGUGCGCUGCUGGGGAGAGAAGGCUGAAGGCCAGUACACCCUGAAGAUAUCAGACCACAAAGACGAUGCGUCGGCGCAGUGUGCCGCAGUGGGAGUGUUGAAACAGUGGAAGCUCACGCUCUACGGUUCCUCUAUGACUUACAUCCAAGUUAAGGACAGACAGAAGCUGGUAGAAGAAGCCAUGAGUGGUAAAUAUUUGGACAGCAGCUUCUCGCUGCCCUGUCCUCCAGGCUUGGAUAUCCCCCCAGAGAUCAUCAGGCCUUUUACUUCCAACACCCUCAAGUUAAUGCUGCUGCUCGGAUGCUUCGCCCUCUUCUGGUCCCUCUACUACACCCUGGAGGUCACGCUGGCUCACACGGACCUCCUGUGCCUGCCGAGGAGAUGGCGAGCUCACCGCGGCAGGAGGAGGCGCCACGGGGGAGGGCUGGAGGAGGCGCUGGUGGGGGAGGGGGCGGAGGCGUACAGGGGUUUGGAGAACCAGGACUCGGAGGGGGAAUUGUGGGCGGUGCUGGACUUUAAAGCCAAAGUGCCCCUCAUCCCCGAGGAGCGGUCAGCAACAUGACCCAGAUAACGGGUCAGAACCUUCCCACAGGACAUCUCAGGCUUUCUCACUCCUCUCCCGGGCUGCCUCCGAUCUCAAACAACUUCCAGAUCAAUUCAACAGUGUCCUUACACUUUUUUGCCCCCCGCCCCCCCUUUUUUUCUGCAGUUUGUAAAAACCAGUGGCCUUGAACAUGUUUGGUCUGGGACCGUGUGGGUUUUAUGUACACCUCGCCUUUAAUGAAGCUCCUCAGAAAUGAAACGUGAGGGGAUUUUGUCUGACAUGACUUUAAAAACUUUAUCUGGGUUUACAUUAGAAAUGAUUAUCAUCAACUGCAGCGGGACCAGUCGUAAUAAAAUCUGGUUACCGAACGUGUGAAUUACCCAAACUUGACGGUUUGUAAGAUUUGCACUCAGAGAAGACUUGAUUUUACAAAUUAGGAACUCCUGUGGAAUUAAAAUAAGUGUGCACUAUAAAAGGGAAUGAAAGUGUGUGUGUGUUAGUGUGUGUGUGUGUGUGUGUUAGUGUGAGUGACUGGAGGAACAUGCGGGGUCUUCCACUGAAACGUGUCCCUGAAAUGUGAGGUUUCGCAGGGGUACGGCUGUUUUAAACAAUUCAUUUUCUGAGGUAUUUGAUCUGUAAAUCUGCUUUUUUUUUAUCUGUGGGUUAUCAAGCAUAUACUGAAUAAGACUUGAAGUGUUUUUUUUUCAAGUACGAAGUUUGUAUUUUUUUUAAUAAAGUAUAAUAUAUAAGCAAUGUGUGCCUGUUGUACAAGAUAUACUGUAUACAACUGCAUUUAGCAAUUUGUACGAACUGUUUUUAAAGAAUGUAAGACUAAAACUGUAUUUUUUUUUACAAUCACAUAUAGGAACAAAUUUCUAGAUUGGAAACUGUGUUUUGCUGUGCAAGUCACAGACUUACAAUAAAAAAUAAACAUUUGUUGAAA